UUGAAACUCAACUGCUACCUUCAAAACAAAUAACAGCUACAGGCCUAAAUAAGUACAUAAGACAUUACAGAGUAAUGUCCGCGUUGUUUGGAUGAUGUAAUUGGUGAUGUACACUCUCUUGUCAUUUCUGUCAAGUUGAUGAGAACUUUGGUGAUGUCAUUCCUGUGUCCAAGCGUGGGGCUUUUGAAGCUGAGGCGAUUUACAAAAACAGGUUUCGCUGGGCCAAGGACUGGUAAAAUUCGUUCCAACGUCCGCAAUCGGGGAACAUCUGUCUCCUUCGAGAGGAGAGGGAGCGAUGUCUCUCUAGCAUCUCAAGGAGGCUUCAGCGCCCUCUACGGUGACAUAGGAUCAGGUCGUGAGUGUGAAACGGGACGAGAACUUGAACGACAGGAAUCUUACGCGGGAGUGUACGUCGGUGGAGAUGCUGAAAAGACUCUACUGACAAAUGAUGAUUGCACAAAGCCCCAAGAUGCCGGUUUUCUCUCACGCGAUCCUGCCACCGUACAGUCCUUUACUUUCUUUGAAGAGACCUUCAUCUCAUCCCAAGACCAACAUGACGUCACUAACAUUGAUUCAAUCAUUGAUCAGACAGAAACUAAUGACACCUUUAAAGAGCAGAAAACUCCAGCCCAGUCUUACGGACGUGACCCCAGGACAACGCCGUCCAGCAGCGGGAGCCAAAAGGCACACUACAACCUACCGACUUGGGUGAGGCAGCGUCGGUGCCUACCCACACUGAACGAGGUCGAUUUUGAUAAUAUAGACGCCGUCAGUCUGGGUAGUUUCAGCAUGGCGUCUGAAAUCGGCAAAGACGAUAACAACAACAACAAAGCAACUGGAAAAAAGGCUCCGAGGUCAGAGGUUACGGAAUCUAAAAAUAGUAUGUGUAGAGUGAAGAGAACCCACAGUGAUGAUUCAAAUGAUGUUGUAUUCAAUGAUGACCAGAUUCAGCAUCCAAGACAUCACCAUCUCCAGCACCCAAGACAUCACCAUCUCCAUGUGAACAUGAUUGCCGAAGACAUGAAAGCCAUGAAUGUAUACUCCCCAAAGAAGACGCGAAGAAGUGAGUCUGUCAUGACCGAUGAUUCCGUCUUCGAAAGAGAGCCUCUUCUUCUCCAGAACUCUCCUAUUGCUCCUAAACAAAGACACUCAAGAAUAAAGAAGUCCCCAAGUAUGGAGAGUCUCAGAAGGAGGUCUAAAAAGAUGGGUUCGUUUAGAAGGAAGGAAAAGCAACCCGUGAUGAAAAACUUGACAAAAACUUCCACACAAAAUAUCAACAAUGAAAACAUUGAGCAUUGGAACCGAGGACAGUUUAGUGCAGUCGGAAGCCUAGUAAGGUCUAAACCACUCUACAUGCGAGCAACCUCGGAGCGUGCACUGGAUCCAAGUGCAGUAAAGCUCAGGCUCGAGUCAUCCACGGCCAGAAAAUGGCGCCAAACUGGAGAAAGAUCACCUUUAAGUGAAGCCACCAAUGUGAGUCGCCCUCGGCCGUCUGUCUGCCUUCGCAUGGAGAUCAUUCAGCGCCCGAUCAAUCACCAAUAUAUCCACCCAGGAGGAAGCUCCGUCUCGGUACCCCCACCGGCUCACAGGACAACCCCUCGUCGGUCUCAAGAACUUCAGGGUUCGGUGAAGUUGCCUGCAGGGAAGUUGAGACCUACCCCGCAGAGAUCGAACGUCAAGAGUCGACGGAGAAGCUCUCUCAGACGAGUGUCAACUGAGGUCACGAAUGAGUCUCCACGCUCGCCAAACCUCACCGUGAAGGAAGAAAACAUUGACAAUAUUUUCAUUACUAAUAAAGUUGAAAUGAAAACACAGAAAGCAACUCGCAAUGCUGUAAAUCGAGAGGGUUUUUCGAAUGUCAAACUUGACUUACGAUCGGUGAACUCAAAUACUGUAAAGGAAUAUUCAAAUCGUGGUGCCGUGACAGACGUUAACUUCGAGGAACGACAUUUGGAUGGUUCAAAUCGAAAUAGAGCAGGAGUUCAGAUGCAGCGAUUAACCUCAGUAUGCAAAAGUGACCCCGGACCAAAUGACGAGAUUUUCGGUGAGAAGGAAGACGAGCAGUCCCGUCAGAUUACUCCCAGCACUAUUGAGUCCUCGGUUAUACAAAUAGAUGAAAUGAACGUACAUUUAGAGACUGUCAUUGAUAAGGGAACUGUUCGUGCCGAGGUCGUUUCAAAUCAACCGCCUAAAAAUCUCAUCCACAAACCAAAGUUUGCCGCCAACGCACUCAAGGAGGCAAGGAUCGUCAGUACAUCCAAGAUGGCGGCUGAAACAACUUCCGGAGUUGAUGAAGACGAUCGAAUUCCCCCAUUGCCCGUGAAGAUGUAUAAAUCUGCAUCUUUUACCGGAUCAACUAACCAGACUAAAGAAGACCUUUCUGCAACCUCGGCAACAAGAUCAGCAACUAACGUUCGUGCUUUGCAGAUCCCCCUCUCCAACCAACAGAAACGGAAGGUGAGACGUAGCGCCCCUGGAAAUCCAAAUGGACGCGCCCGGCAUAUCUCUGCCGUGGAAGCAUCGAGAGAGGACAUCGUGAAAGUUGUUGCUGCAAUGAAGGCUUCUUUGGACUCUACCACUCAAAAGAGGGAUAAUCAUCAAGAGAAGGGCGCAGUUAGUCGAAGGACCGAUAUCGUGAAAGAGGAUCUUGGGAAAGCCGUGGCUGUCUACGCCUUCGAAGCGAGGAAUGAAGACGAUCUUUCAUUGGACGUAGGGGAGUGUGUCCAGGUGCUGAAUACCGACGAUUCUGAUUGGCUGUUCGUGAAGAAACAUUCCAAGAUUCAAGAGGAAGGAUUUGUUCCGAGAAUAUUUCUGCAUAUGACAUCCGAGGAAGAGCCACCAAGUCACCAUAAUCAUCGGGACAACUUGGCAUCUUCUUCCGGCGAGCAAUCUCUGCCCAAGCAACUAAGUCACACAUCUGACUCAAACUCCCGCCAUCUUGCCCAACAAGCCAAUCCAAAGCGCCAGUCUAUAUCAUCUGAUAAGCAGUCCACCGACCAAUCAGCUGUGGAUACUUUCCCCUCAAAAACUAUCAACCAAUCCCAAUCAAGUUUUUCACAAAACAUACCUGAUUGUCGCUUUCCCCAGCCAAUGAAAAAAUCACGAGCGCGUCCCAACAAAUUCAACACUCACAUAAGAUCACAGGCUAGCGCCCCCUUGAUUGAGACGUACGUGGUGAUUGAGGAUUACACUGCGCAUGACGAGGACGAGGUCAGCGUGGUUGAGGCAGAGGUCGUGGUGGUGAACUCAGGUCAGCAACGUGAGGUGGACUGGAUGUGGGUGUACGUGCCGCGAACGGAAAUGUUUGGUUUUAUGCCGGCUUUUAGCGCGAGGCCGUUGGGUUUUCACUACUCCGAUGUGUAGCAAACGCAGCUGAACCACUCAUGGGGGUGUGGAGGCUGGGCAUAUUUUUCUAUUUCCGUGGGAAAAAAAUCGAUGAUUGGACAAUUUUAUUUGCAAUUUAUGUCAGUUCGAACUUUAAUAUUUGAAAGGAGACAUUUUUUACUUAGGUAGUCGAUAUCGCACAAAAUGGUGUGAUGUGCAAACUCUUUAUUCGCAUUAACUAUAAAUUAAACCAUAUAAUUAGGCUACAGAUCGCUUAUUUUGUAUACUAUAUUUUGGUAUUUGGCCUCCAGCUACGCAUUUUAUUUGUUGUUACACUGUGCAGAUAACUCUGCAUUAUAUAUUUUUUUUAUGAUUGGAGUCUCGCGAGAAAUUGACCCUUGACACCAAUGGGGACCAAGGGUGAAAUUA